UGUCUUUUCCAGCUUCACCUGUUCAGCCCGGCUAGCCCUGCGAAGGACAAUGCGCCUCAGAUAGAUGCCGGACCUCCACUUGAUCGCACGCAUGUCCACCGACGCGGCUCCGACAUAAGCCCGGGGUCCUGCCCGAACCAUGGGGCCCACGGAGAUUCCGGUUCGGCUGCUGGGGGCGUUCUGGUUCGGCUGCGCUCUGCUCUGCGCAGGCUGCAGUGAGCAGGUGGAGGUCCACACGGAGCGCAGGGGGGUCAUCUACAGCCCCUCCUGGCCUCUAAACUAUCCCCCGGGGGUCAACUGUAGCUGGCGCAUCCAGGGAAGUCAAGGGGAGGUCAUCACCAUCAGUUUUCGUAACUUUGACAUGGCGGAGUCGGGGAAAUGUCUGGGAGACUGGCUGCUUCUGGCCCCCACCAGGAGUGGAGAGACCAGGCUGUGCGGCUCCGUACUGCCUCCUCCAUUCAUCUCCACCAGGGGGCGCUUUUGGCUCUUCUUUCACUCUCAGGCCAACAGCUCCGGGCAGGCCCAGGGCUUCCGCCUGUCCUACAUCAGAGGUCACCUGGGUCAGAGCAGCUGUCAGUCCGAUGAGUUCCUGUGCGGGAACGGGAAGUGUCUUCCUCGCUCCUGGAAGUGCAACGGUCAGGACGAAUGCGGGGACGCUUCAGACGAACGCAGCUGCUCCCCGCCUCCCACGCAGUUCCACGCCGGUGUCUGCCCCCUCGGCUCCCUGCCGUGCACGGAGGCCCAAACCACCCGCUGUCUGCCCGCCGCCCUGCGCUGCAACGGCGCUCCGGACUGCCCCGACAGAACCGACGAGCUGGGCUGCCCCGACACUUCCUGCGGGAAACACCUGGGGAACUUCUACGGCUCCUUCGCCUCUCCGGACUUUUUCCGAGUGAACCGGAGCGCGGCGUCUGAGCUGAGGUGCUCGUGGCUGCUGGACACCCAGGACCCCAAGCCCAUCGUGCUGCAGCUGGAUCUGCAGCUGGGGCCCCGAGAUUCUCUGCACGUGUUCGACGGGCCGCUGCAGAGCGCAGAGCACCUCCUCCAGGUGCUGUCGCAUCACAACAACCGGCGGCCGGCGCAGCUGGAGUCCAGCAGCGGCCAGAUGAGCGUCCUGUACAUGGCGCAGCCUCACAGCCCGGGGCGGGGCUUCAACGCCACCUACCAGGUGAAAGGUUACUGUUUUCCCGGAGAGCGGCCCUGCGGCAGCGAUCAGGGCUGCUACUCUGAACACCAGCGGUGCGACGGCUACUGGCACUGUCCCUCCGGCCGAGACGAGGAGGGCUGCUCCAUGUGUCCCGACGGGGAGUUCCCGUGUGACGGCGGCGGCCGACUCUGCUACCCCGCGUCGGAACGCUGCAACAAUCAGAAGAGAUGCCCGGACGGUUCGGACGAGAAAAACUGCUACGACUGCCAACCCGGGAACUUCCACUGCGGGACCAACCUGUGCAUCUUCGAGACGUGGAGGUGCGACGGCCAGGAGGACUGCCUGGACGGGAGCGAUGAGAGGGACUGCCUGGCGGCGGUGCCCAGGAAAGUCAUCACAGCGGCGCUGAUCGGCAGCCUGGUCUGCAGCCUGCUGCUGGUCAUCGCCCUCGGCUGCGCCCUCAAGCUGCACUCCAUGCGCAGCAGAGAGUACAGGGCUUUUGAGACGCAGAUGACUCACAUGGAGGCGGAGUUUGUUCAGAGAGAGGCCCCGCCUUCUUACGGUCAGCUGAUUGCCCAGGGCCUCAUCCCUCCGGUGGAGGACUUCCCGGUCCAGAACCCCACUCAGGCCUCCGUGCUGCAGAACCUGCGUCUGGCGAUGCGCCGGCAGAUCAGACGCCACUCUUCCAGGCGUUCCACCUUCGCUUCUUCUCGGCGCCGCCUCAGCCGGCUGUGGAGCCGUCUGUGGAGCCGAGAGGGUCAAGCAGCCAGAAGCCAUUCCCUACUCCUGGACCCCCCCGGAUCGACUCAGAUCACACUGGGGCUCCACAGCUACAGAACAGCGGGAGGGGCCGAGGACGAUCCGCCGAGAUCGCGCCGCUCCGCCCGGUUGAACCAGGAGCCCGGCUCCCCAGAGAGCCCGCCCUCACCUCUGUCCUCCCCCUCAGUGGACAGCCCCGAGGUGGGGGGGGGCCUCUCCCCUUUCGAAGACGCAGAAUGGCGCGUUGGAACCCAGAGCCUUUACGAACCGCAGCAAACUGUGAGCCGAAGAAGCCUUCAGAGUCUCUGCUGAGCAGCCCGUGCAGAUCAUCAAGCAAAAGUUUGACUUAAAGAUGACCAGAGUAAAUGUAAAAGUCUCUUUUUUUUAAUAAUAUUAUUUAAUUUAUUUGUCUGAUCAUUCUAAAAACUGUUCAAACCUUUGACUGUAUAUGAGAACUGCACUGGGUAACCCCUCCUCCUGGCUCCUCCUCCAAAAUCCCAAAGACUUCUAUAGAGAAAUAUGCAGUCAUUCUAUUUUAUGAUACAUUUUUAACUUGAUAAUCCUAACUUGUUCUUAGUUCAACUUAUUAAAGUUAUAAAAUGACCAAUUAGAUGCCUCAAUAAAAGUAGACCCACAUUAGGGGUGUGGCCUUUCAGUAACCUCCGUCCUGAGAGUGGUUGCCAUAGAAACUCAUUGAUUUGUACCAAUCUCUAUAGUCUGGUUUAGGGCUGGAAUCGAUUUAAGUUUAACAGAUCAAUAACUGAUUUGUAAACAUGUAGAUCGAUUUAGCACAUAAAGCUAAAGUCGGCUAGCUUGAUGCUAACGUUUAGU